AUGCUAGAACUCGCUCCACCCACGAACAUACGCAUGUUCCCCUCCAACUAUCGCGAAUUCCUGGUUUCACCCGCUGCACCUGCCGUCCCGGCUGCACUCCAAACGCUGCAACCAGGCGAGAUCUUCCGGCUCGCUCAACCUCGGUGGCCUGUAGACUCUGCCAUGCCAUCGUUCUACGCUCUCGCAUCCACUACUAUCUUUGCUGCCUUGUUGCUUGUCGCAUUCAAAGACCUCGGUGCUCUGAUCAAUUAUGGAUUUCGUACGCGGCUUGGCAUCGCCGGACAUCCGGUCAUGGGGAUGGUGCUGUCACUGCUGGCUUUCACGAUGCUACUGAUUACCUAUGAGAAUGAUAUCAAGAAGAGAUCAGGAUACUACCAAGAAGGCUCGGAUCCAAGGUAUGUCGUUUGGUUGAGUGCUGGUGCGACGGUGUGUGCGAUUCUCUGGGCGAGCAGCACUUUCCAGACGCCGAUUGCAGCACCAGAAGAGCUGAAAGGUGAUACACCAGCAACGAACGAGAGUAACCAGCCGGGUUUCAAGGGAUCAAGACGACAGCAAAAGAAGCAGGCGAAACGCGAGGCCAAGAAGCUUACAGCUAAGUAA